GUCACAAAGCCGAGUCAAAUGCAGAAAAUCAACUUCCAGAAGCACCAGAAGACAAAGACCUGUCUGUGCGCAGCGGCUUUUUAGGCCAAGGAAGAUUUGAAGGCACCGGCGCAGACAACUUGUCAAAAACAACUUUGAAUAUCAUGAAGCGUGCCUGCUCAAGAUUCUAUGGGGCACCUGAUGGUCACCUGGCUGGGCAUUUGAAAGCACCUUUGUUGAAACUUCUCAGGGAAAAGGUUGUUGUCCUGUGUGCUGAUUCGGCAGCAGAUGAGAUGGCCAGCGCUGAGAUAAUGAGGUCGGCAGCUCUGUCUGUCAAUGGCGCUGAAGCGCUGACACCAAACCUUCAGCAUGUUUUCCGAGAUCGAGCCCAUGCGUCACGAAGGUUGACCAGCAGGCCCUGGCAUGCUGAUCCCAAACUGAAAGAAAUCAUGGACUAUAUGUGCAGAGGCGCUUCCAUGGCUAAAAUUAUGCAUCACUCAGUGGAAAUCAAGAGAAUUUUUUCAGAAUAUGCCAAGACCUCAAAUGCAGCCGUGCAAAGGAGUUUGAACUCGUUCAGGGCAGCAGGGCAUCGCUUUGAGUCCUUUGCCCGUCCACUGGGUAGGACACUUCUAUAUUUCCAUGCUACCUUGAAAACAGCACUUCACUUGGUGCGAACUCGCACAGACUCCGCUGCCAAGCGGGCAAAAGCAUGGCUUCUUUGGAUUUCAGAAGAAAGGCUCGUGCAAGCAGCAAUGCUAGCCGACGCAGCAGACUCCAGCUUGGCACUCACACGUGCGCUCGACGAGGAAAGCACUGACCCAGCGGUUGUCCACAAAGAACUUCAUUGUCAUAUGAAAGAGGUUGGGAAAUUGAAGGACUCCACCGCCAAAGGUUUGGCAAGGCAGGCAAACAAGGAAGCGUGGAAAGAAACCAUUGCCAGCAUGGCGGCGCACCAUGCGACACAGAAAGCUCAUCCAACGAAUGUCUUGAGGACGUGCUUGGAAAAUUACUUUGUGUGCACGCCAAGUACGUCUGGGGUGGAGCAAAAUUUUAGCAAGGGAGCUUACAACUUUACCAAGCAGCGGCACCAUGCUUUAGCAAGUCAUGAAGAACUCGUGUUAAAACUGUUCGUGGACUUGCCACAGCAGACCGUGAGUGAGCAAGAAGAAAUCUGUAGAAUUGCUCGCGUUGCUUGGUCCUGCCAGUAUGGCGCUCCGCGUGAGAGGAAAGGAGCACGUGUGGACAAAGGCUUGAAAAGGAAUAGGGACAACGUUGCCAGUGACGAGAAGUGCCCUACUGAAACUGAUUUCAUCAAGAGGCGCCGGAGAGCGGCUGCAGCGGCUGCUGAGGACUACCAGUUGACGGAUGUUGAUGUCAAUGAAAACUUCUGGACAGCAAACCAUGACAAGGAAAACACUUUUUUGAAGAAUAAGACAGCUGCACGCAAGAGCCAGGCAAUUGCUGAGGACAGUUUGCCUCUGGAAUAUGUUACAGAAGAAGAGAAGCAGCAGUCUAUGGGAAUAAUGGACAGGUUUGAACUGAACCAACAGAAACGGCGGCGGCAAGCUUUGCGGCACGAGAAGGCUGCCAAAGAAAAGGACCGAGGAAGGAUUUUGGCAGAGCUGCAUGGUGGACAAGUUUAUUUGGCUGUUCCGGCCACUGUGCAUCUUCAGGCUGCAUUGGCAAAUGCUGGCUUGACGGUUUGUCACAACAUGUUAGAAGCUGAUGUUUUGAUUUGUCACCGGCCUGGAGACUGCAGUGAGAAGGACAAGCUUAGCAUUGUCGCUGGAGUGCUGGGUCGUCUGGAGGCAUGUCCCGAUUUUUUCCUUCGCGGUUCGGGUGCUGCUUUGAAAUUUCAUUGUGCUGCUUCGGCACGACGGGCUUUGAUUGUGUCAGCUGAAUGUGCUCAGAGACAUUUGCCAUUUUGGCAAAUGCUAUGGUCUGUUUUGCCGCCUGGUUGCAAGUGGACGCUUCACAAAAUGGCUUCCGACGCAUCGUUUCAAGACAUGGCCGACAAACAAAGAGAUUAUCCGCAAGGAGUUGGUUACUUGGUUGUGUCGCCAGAGGAGCGCUCGGCUGUGGCAGCUUGGCUAUAUUAUUCUCAGUUGGUUCGUGUUUUUACGUUGUUUGGUCUGAUGGAACAGCUGUUUCGGCCAGUUGAUUUGGCUGCUUCGGCCAGAAUCAGCGGCGAGAUGCAGCGAACGCCUCGUUUGGUGAAGGUGGGUUCGGAUUUUUCCGGGUUGGACACGGGUAUGCUGGCUUUGCAGCGGUUGCCACAGAUCCCUGUCGAGCACACAUUUUGUUCAGAUAGCGACGAAGACUGUCAGAAGCUUUUGCAGAAGUUCUACAAUCCGAAGACACUAUACGGCGACGUAUCCAACCGCAAAGAAGAAGACGAAAAGACGGUUGAUCUCUACAUUGCCACGCCCCCUUGCCAGGCAUGGUCUGCGCAGGGCAAGAAACGUGGUCUGAAAGUUGCUCAGGACCGCAAGCGUCUCUUCAUCGUCGCAGUCAGAGAGGAUUCGUACAGACGACCAUUUAAAUGGCCAAAGUCGCAGGGCGCAAGGUCGUUGACGUCAGUUUUGGACCCAGAAACUUCAGAAGACGUUCCUGGUCGAUUGCCAGCAAACAAAAGGAGCAAAGAGUUGGCAUUGACUGUGUACAAAAAGGUUUUCAAUGACCACAAGGUGGAUCCAAGAAAGACACCUGUAGCAAUCGAUGUUGGCUGCAGCAAGUCUUUCCUGACAUAUGGUGUGGACAUUGCACGGACCCUAUCCAAGUCUCGGGCCGAAAGCGGCGGCUUCUGGAUUUCGUUGCGUGGAAGGAAGAUGACCACAAAUGAAAUUAUGCGGGUGUCGGGCAUUCGACCAGAGUCUGAAUUGAUGGGUUGGCAGGAGGUGACUACAAAGUCCAAAUUUCAAGGCAUGCUUGGAAAUUGCGUCCCGUUGCCAUUGAUGGGCAACGUUCUGCAAAAUGCUUUGUUUUCAGCGGGACUCAUUUCUGCCACGGUGCCCUUCCCGGCGUACAAGUUGCGAACAUCUCGGCUCAAAUCAAGAAAGGGUCACGGUGGCUCUUCCCGGCCGACCAGUGUGUUCUCUGCUGCACUGUUUCUAUACGUCUUGCUGCUUCGGCAAGCACGGCUGUUUCGGCCGCUUGAAAUGCUGCACUGUUUCUACGUCUUGCUGCUUCGGCAAGCACGGCUGCUUCGGCCGCUUGAAAGGAGCAUCCCCAGAUUUUCAACGGACCUCGAAUCAACGGGUGGGAAUGUCCUCUCCUUACGAGCUUCGGGGUCGUCCUUGAACCUCCUAAGGAGCUUCGGGGUCGUCCUUGAACCUCCUAAGGAGAGGAUUUUGGCCAUAGACUGUGGUGGUGUUUUGUCGGCUAAGACUGACGAUGUAAAAUAUGACGACGACAAAAUUUACAAAGCAGCAAUGGAAGGGGCCUACUGCUUGGUCCAGAUGUACAAGUUCAAAUCUGGCAGAUGGCCCCACGUGGUGAGCAGGGUUAACUUCCCAAGCAACAAACACUGGGUGCUGCGCUUCUGCAAGCAUACCUCUGGCAUUCCAGAUGAAUGCAUCCACUUGGUCAGAGAAAAAGCAGAAAAAGGACCUGUGUGCGCACAACUGGGUGCAACAGCUGUGGUGGACGAUGGUUACGACGCCCUCUACGCCAUGGGCACUGGCGCAUGGGAGACUUUGGCGAGUGCUGUCCUUUUCCAGGAGCAGGGAAAACCACUUUCAAAACAAGGUCUGUGGGAUUCAUGGCUUUUGGAAAACAAGUUAGAAUUCGCAGGUAACAUGCUCGAGUUGAUGGUUGCCUUGGGGAUUGCCCGGACAAUGACACAAGCGGAGGAGUACCAGUCGGUGUUUAGAUGGGGGCCACCCACCCAUCCACACUCCGAAGAACGGCUGGAGACGGCGUUGGCAGUGGUCCGUGGCAUACCUCAGGCUGUGCAAGCACGGGAGGCUGAAGUUGCAUCUGCCGCAGACGCCGACGCGCAUGGCGUCGACUACAGCGCGGAUGAUCAGGCACCCGGUGCUUCAGUUGCCAAGGCGGCUGCGGCUGCACCUCCGCCGAAGCAUGCGGCUGCUCCGGCCAAAGCUCCUCUGCCAGUGGCUGCUGCGGCCGCUUCACCACCUCCGAAGCAUGCGGCUGCUCCGGCCAACGCUUCUCCGCCAGCUGCUGCGGCCGCUUCUGAAGCUGCUCCACCUCCAAAGCAUGCGGCUGCUCCGGCCAACGCUCCUCCGCCAGUGGCUGCUGCGGCCGAUUCUGCUCCACCUCCGAAGCAUGCGGCUGCUCCGGCGGCCAACGCUUCUCCGCCAGUGGCUGCUGCGGCCGCUUCCCCCCCGCCUGCUGCUGCCCCUGCUCCACACGUGGCUGCUCCGGCCACUGCAGCUUUGACGCUGACCAAACAGGUGAAACAAGAAGAGGAGGCGAUCGACGGCGGGGAAAAGACGUCUUCUGACGACGACUUGUCGUCGUCGUCGUCGUCAUCGGAAGAAGACGACGACGGCGGACCGACUGCUCCUGCCAGACAUGAUGAAAAAAGGGUCAGGGAAUCGUCUGGUUCAGCGGCACCGCCCCGAAAUAAGCCACGACUUACACUGGGGCCAUCUGUAAAGCAGGAAGAACAGGACCGACAACAGGAAGCAAAGCAGGCUACGCCGCGGAAGCACGACGAUGACGACGAAAACGAUGACGACCAGGAGACGCGCCGAAGCCGGCGUCGUCGUCGUCGUCACCGCGGACAAGACGACGAGGACGAGCCCAGCACAAGGGGUAGCCGAAAGAGUGUGGAUCUCCGGCCCUACAAGUGCAAUGCAGACCUGCGACCCAAUGAAGACAGGGCUGUGAGCCAUGCUGAUCUCCAAAAAUUCAUGAACGACGUAAUGACCCACAUCGAUCGCCUCGGCGUUGGCUCAGGGGCUGCUUCGGCCCGGUCGUCGUCGUCAGCGGCUGCUCCGGCCGCAUCAAACAGGAAGCCGGUGCGUGCAUAUCCUGUGCAGGCAAUGCUGCCAGGAUCCGUCUUGCGCGCAACAUGGCUGCUGAUUCGGGCAGCUGUACAGGCGCAUGUGGCUGUUUCGGCCAUGUCAGACUUCUUGUGGCUUGCGACCCAUAAGAUCCCUAUCAAUUUGGGCCAAGUGAAACAGAUUCAAAACUAUUGGUUUCCCAAGGAUGACGAGCCUCCCAAGCUGUGUCCCUUUGUUGUCACAGUUGCAGUGGAUUCCCAUAAGUGCUCUGGCGAUCCUCCGCAAUCGGGGUGGCCACGGCUGAGUCCGGCCGAGCCCGUGCAUGCGCUGCUGUUUGCGGCAGCUGAAGCAAUCAAGUCGAAACAGGGCGCCAAUGUGCUGCAAGCCUUUAAAUCUUGCUUCUUGACAUGCACUUUCGUCUAUGAAGUUGUGCCUGUGGGUGAAGCUCGAUACUUUAGGAGUCUAAAUAUUCGAGAGGAGCAGGUUGAAAAAGGUUUGGCGGUGCAAAUGAGCUUGAGACAGCGCAUCUACGACAUUGCUGGGUUUGCUGAAGCCAAAAAAACCACGGAUGGUAUUGUCGGUAGUAAAAAACUCGCAGCCCUCUACUGCGCCCAAGUGAAGCUAGCAAGCAAUCAGGAAAAAAUGUCAGAGUCAUUUGUGGACAGCGCGCUGACUAUAUACAACCGUGUAUUGAGCCAAGAUGCAUGCUGCAAAGUGCUCGAGCAAUGCGAUGCACAGCUGUUGGACAAGAGCCCAUGGAAAUCGAUAUAUGCACUGCAAGCUCUGGUGGACCGAGCAAACACACCUGAAAUGAUUUCGUGGUGCCUCCAGGGGUUGGUGGACGGCUGGCGCAUGGGUAACUUAGACCCAGGGGUUUUUGUGAUCGCCAAGCUAAAGGAUAGCAGGGCAAGCUAUGUGGAAGUUUUGAAAUUGAAAAGAAAAGUUCGUGACUACCUCCUCGGUGACUGGCUCAACUCGCUGCCCAUCAAUGACGAAUGGAAGAAGAAACUGUCAAACAGCUUCACCUCCUUCGAUGCAUGUCGCAAUUUUUUUGCGCCAUUUCCAGGAGAUCCGGUGGACACUGCAUGGAUGCUGGCUGCUCCGGUCGGCGUGCUUCGGAUCGCAGAAUUCUUUGACCAGAUCAUGUAUGGAAACGAGUUCGACGAAUUGGAAGCAGCUGUGCGAUCAGAACUGAAACCGGAAAAGUCUGCAGAGCCUGUCACUGUGGAGGAGACGGCGCCAGCUGCUCCGGCUACUGCACCGGCUGCUGCGGCCUCUGAAGCUGCUUCGGCUUCUGACGCUGCUCCGGCUGAAUCUGCUCCAGCCAAGCCUUUCGACCGCCUUUCAACAGAGGAUCAAACAUUGUGGCGGCAACAGAUGCGCAAAGUUUUGCAGCAGCAUGUCCGAUUUGUUUGUGACCACAAAUCCAGCGCUGAACUUGAAGAAGCUCUCAAAGACACACCUUUCAUUUCCCUCCGGGGAGAUCAAACAGGUUUGUGCCUUUACCAUUUCGAUCUGAAGAAGUACGGCGAGCCGACAACUCGUCCAGACGUUCGUGUGCCGACAUUCCGUGAAGCAUUGUACGGCCGCCUGGUCAAAUCGAUCCUGGCAGCACGCAGCGCCGCGCAAGGAUUGCAAAACUCAAAUCUUCAGGCUGGAGAAGUUGCAUUGAUUUUAGAUGGUGGCAAACGCGGCCUGAAGAACAAGUUGCUGCAUCCAUGGCGAGAAGGAACUGCUUCCAAGAAUGCUGACGAUGACGCUGAAGAAGACGGUGCAGAAGCAGACAUGGAAGAAGACGAUGGCAAACCAACCUUUUUCGCCGACUUGUUGCAGAUCGCCUACUCUGAAAGUUCUUUGGCCGCCCGCAAGAAGAGGUUGCGAGGAAAUUUCAACUUGAAGCAGAUCGAAUGGUGCCAUGUCCUCAGCACAAAGAAACUUUCACUGCCAGUCAAAGAAAGACUUCAUUACGCAGGGUCGACAAAUGGAGACUUGAUUUGCAACGUGCACCUACCAGGGUGGAACGAAGAAUGGCAAUUGCCGUGGAAAAUGAAAAAGGAUCUUUACGGCAAGAAGCACCUCAUUGCAGUGGGUUCAAAAACCGAAGGCGCCGAUGACCAAACUCCGUAUGCUGACCGAAGAAACAAUGGAAAGGAACCAGUCUGUUUUCACAGUCCGCCAGAAGAAUUUUACGCAGAGCUGAUUCAUGACUUUUACGUCAAGCUCAUUUUGGAUCUUACACCAUCAGACGGCAAAAUGGCUGUUUCGGCCAUAAAAAGUCGUGUGGGGUAUGUCGGUGUGUGCUACAAUCCUGAACACCAAAGUCUGCUGGAAGAACGCCUGCUGGAAGUCCUGGAGAUGGAAAUGAGAAACAGCGGAAGCUCUCUUUUCUCAGCUGCCUACUGCGAAGCUGUCGGUUGCAGGACUGCUUCGGCCUUGCCUGGUGAAGAAGAGUUGAAAAAGAAAAAUCCGAAGCCCGUGCCAAAAAAGAAGGCCAAAGCCAAGCCGAAAGCUAAGUCGACAAGAAAGCGGGGUAGCCGAGCCGCAGAGAAAGACAAAGAGCCGGCAGACGACGACGAUGACAAAAACAAUGACGACGACGAGAAUCAAGGCGGUGAGGAAGAGGACGAAGAAGAAGAUGUGUGGGACCCCUUCAACGACGAGUAG